AUGGCACUCAAUCUCGUCGCAUUCGAUAUCCUCUUCGUGUUCUCGGUCAUCGCGAUGGUGGCGGUAUGGCGGAGAUCACAGACAAGCAAGGUUCGCCGGGGUCUUCCACUACCGCCUGGCCCACGCGGCCUUCCUGUCGUUGGCAAUCUUUUCGAUAUGCCCGACACAAAUGAGUGGGUGGUAUAUCGUGAUUGGGGAGUCAAGUACGGUUCCGAUGUCGUCUGCGUCUCUACAAUUGGUCUUCACGUGGUCAUCGUCAACUCGGCACGCGCCGCACACGAUCUUUUUGAACGACGAUCGGCACUGUACUCUGAUAGGCCAGCUUUGACCGCCAUUCGGUACAUCGGGGCAGAUACAUGGAAUCUGGGCUUUCUACGAUACGGAGCGGAGUGGCGUACUCAGCGUAAGCUGUUCCACGAACAGUUCAGACCCGAAGUUCUGUCUAGGUACGAACCACAUCAAGAGAAAGCCGUACACGAAUUUCUGCGCGCAAUGGCCGCCUCAUCCGGACACGCGAUGGAUAUGGAUCAGUUCAGGUCGACCAUCAGACAAUUGACCGGCACAACCAUUGUGUACAUUGCCUAUGGAAGAGAAGUACAAGGCCCAGACGAUCCGUAUCUUGUUAUGUUGGAAGAAGCUGUGGCGGCCAUCAACGAAGCCACGAAGCUGAAAGCUCUGACGCUUGAUCUUCUUCCUUUUUUACAGAGGAUGCCUGUAUGGUUUCCUGGCGCCGGCUUCAAGAAAUACGCAGCAGAGGUACGGCCCCAUGUGGGCGAAGUUGUCAGGGACAAGCCGUGGGAUGAGUUCGUCGCGGACACCAAGGCUGGAUGUGAGACCAGGCGUGCAUCUAUCGCAGGUCAGCUUCUCACGAAAUAUGGCAACGAUCCUGCUUUGCUGGAUGCUGCGAAGGCAGUAGUGAGUGUCAUGUACGUCGCUGGGGCCGACACGACUGUAUCUGCGCUCUCGUCAUUCUUUCUGGCGAUGGUUUUGUGCCCCGAUUCCCAACGUAGGGCGCAGAAAGAGCUCGAUGAUGUUCUCCGCGGAUCUCUUCCGACGCUCGCGAACCAGGAUGAUUUGCCGUAUACGACCGCUUUAGUGAAGGAGGUCUUUCGCUGGCAUCCGGUGACAACUCUAGGAGUGCCGCAUGCGCUCACCGAAGACGACGUUUAUAACAACAUGUUCAUCCCCGCUGGAUCAACAGUGAUUGGAAACGUGUGGGCUAUACUCCAUGAUCCAUCUCUGUUCCCCGACCCAGAUACAUUCGACCCCGCACAUUUCAUCUCAUCUGACAACGGAGGGACGUAUCCUGUUGAGGCAUGCAAGAGAGGCGAACCACCGUUCCCCGAGGCGGCGUUCGGCUUUGGCAGGCGCAUAUGCCUCGGAAGAUUGUUGGCCAAGAACACUGUGUGGCUCACUGUUGCCAGCGUCUUGUCCGCGUUCGACAUCCUUCCCGUGAAGGACGAGAAUGGGGUUGACGUACCAGUCGAGGAUACUUGGUCGAGUGGGACCGUGGGGUUCCCUGCGCGCUUUGAGUGCAUCUUCAGGCCGCGCUCGCAGCAGGCUAUGGAGGCUAUCAGCGUGAUAGUCACGGAAACGUGA